AUGUCUAUCCCUUACAGUUCACAAAUGGUCGUCUGGUUGCCACACGAUUUGCUUCCCGUCAAAUACUGCAGCGCACCAGCGACACAGCUCUUGACGCACACGGUCGGCCGUGGUUCUGUGUGGUAUGGGGCUUGUGGGCGAGGCAAUACCAACGACAGCGGACUGCUGGUUGUCGGAAAUGUGCAUUUUACCAUGUCACUUUAUGGGGUUCUGGCCACAGUCCUGCUGCUUAUGCUGGCUAACCUCCUAUUCUUGUCUGUUGUUAUGGCCCAAAGCCGAAGCCCCAAGAUGUCCUUCACAUUGUCGUGCUCGGUGGAUCCCUAUCGACAGUCGGCUUGGAUCUUCAGUUUUGUCAGAGAGCAAAAUCGCAUCAACACGGAGUCCGGUAGCGGAUGCCGGGCACGCACCGUGCCAGUAACUUUUUCUUCAUUUUCCGUGCCACCUCAACUCUGCGUAUUGACAAGCCCCGGUAUGGGCUAUAACAAAGCCUCUCGCUAUGGCGCCAUUCUUCCGCAAGUAGUCACUUCGGGCACGGUCUCCCGGCGCGCAGUAGAACCACUCUGGCUUACAGCCAGCAAUGCCGGGUUGAACCGUCUCGGCUCCGAAGUCAAGUCCAUGGUCAGAGCGCCUCCGGGCCACACUUUUGUCGGAGCCGAUGUCGACUCGCAGGAGAUGUGGAUCGCCGCGUUGAUUGGUGAUGCCAGUAUUGGAUUCCAAGGUGAGCUGCAACAGCUUCCAUUUGCCUCUAAGACUUGUCUCAUUUCACCUCUGCCCGCUAAUUUACGCCCCAUCACAGGAAUUGCUGGUGGAGUUUACAUGGUUGUUUCCGCCAAAUCCCUGUGGGCUGUCUAUAGAUUAUCAAAUGAUGUCAUCCUUGAAUCACCCUGA